AGGUACCCGCUCCCCCUCCCUCCCCAAAGGUCAGCAGUCAUCUGUACUGUCCACAGUCUCUGGUCAUCUCCUGUACGAUACCCAGAUGAAGUCACGAGUAGACGUCUCUUAGAGCGCUGCACUGUUUUUUAUGAUCUCCUGUACUGUGUCUGCAGUCUCUGGUCAUCCCUGUACUGUGUCCGCAGUCUCUGGUCAUCUCCUGUACUGUGUCUGCAGUCUCUGGUCAUCCCUGUACUGUGUCCGCAGUCUCUGGUCAUCUCCUGUACUAUGUCCGCAGUCUCUGGUCAUCCCUGUACUAUGUCCGCAGUCUCUGGUCAUCCCUGUACUGUGUCCGCAGUCUCUGGUCAUCUCCUGUACUGUGUCCGCAGUCUCUGGUCAUCCCUGUACUGUGUCCGCAGUCUCUGGUCAUCCCUGUCAUCCGCAGUC